AAUGGACAGAUUGCAUCCCCCACAGCGGCCGUGGGAGCGCCGUGGGUCGUGUUUUAGGGGGUUUUAGGUUUCGAACCGGAGCUGGGAGAGAAAACAUCACAGGAAGAUGGAAAAUGUGUGACUUCCGAGCGGAAGCCCAACAGGAAGAGACGUGAAUUUAAACAGAAUCCCGAAAUGGAGGCUGAAGAGCUGCAGAAACUCGACUUUCAGCAGGUGCUGCUGGUUAAGGAAGAGCUUCCUGAAGGACGGAGUCCUGGUGUGGACCUGCCGGAUCCAGAGUCACUCCAGAUCAAGGAGGACCAGGAGGAUCACUGGUCCAGUAUGAAGGAGGAGACUGAUGCCAGCUGGUUUCCAGUAACCACAGUCAUCAGGAAGCCUGAGGAAGACGAGGAAGCGAAUCCUGUUUCCUCACAGCAAACGGGGAACGCAGAUAUUCCAGUCAGCUAUUCAGUUGGCCUAAGGAAGUUAGAAAGUGAGGGAGAGGACUGUAGGAAGCUGGAUUGUAGUGCAGAUGAAAGUUCUUCAGAUACGGAUGUCAGUGAGGAUAAUGUGGGAAAUUUGAACGGUUCUGAUUCUCAGCUGGAAGGUUUUUCUUUUAGGUGUUUGGUUAACAGAAAAUAUACAAUGAAGAAGAAUUUGAAAUUAAGGGAUUCCCAAAUGGAUCUGAAAUGUUUUAGCUGUAAUGAAUGUGGCAAGAGCUUUCUGAGGGAAAAUCUUCUUAAAAUACAUGUGAGAAUCCAUACAGGGGAGAAACCAUUUAGUUGUGAACUUUGUGGGCAAAGAUUUAUACAAAAAUCCAACUUGAACAGGCACAUGAGAUUCCACACAGGAGAGAAACCAUUUUGGUGUCAUCUCUGUGGACAGACCUUUAGUUGGAAGUCCAGUUUAGACUGUCACAUGAGAAUCCACACAGGAGAGAAACCAUUCAGUUGUGAUUUCUGUGGACAAACAUUUGGUGAGAAAUCGGUUCUAAACACUCACAUGAGGAUUCACACUGGAGACAAACCUUUUAGCUGUGAUGUUUGUGAACAAAGAUUUAACCAAAGCUCACAUCUAAAAAGGCACAUGAGAAUCCACACUGGAGAGAAACCAUAUUGCUGUGAGGUCUGUGGGCAACGAUUUGGUGAUAAAUCAGUGCUAAAUAUUCACAUGGGAAACCAUACAGGAGACAAACCAUUUGGUUGUCAUGUUUGUGGACAGCGAUUUAGUCGUAAGUGUAUUUUAGACAGUCACAUGAAAUCCACACAGGAGACAAACCUUUUAACUGUGAUCUUUGUGGGAAAAGAUUUAGCCACAAGUCAGCUGUGA